CUGACGGCAAAAUCAGUUCUGCAAUCGAAGUUAUCAAAACUUGCGCUGCAAAUAAUAUACUGCGGUACCACGAUUGCUGUUCUGGCACUCGUCGUGUUGCUCAUUCGCUUUUCUCUCGACCACUACCUAUCUGCAAAUAACUCAUUUCAAAUUAGCGAUUUACACGCUUUUGUUAAAUUUUUCAUUAUUGCUGUCACAAUACUGGUCAUUUCAAUACCGGAAGGACUUCCACUUGCAAUCGCCCUUGCCCUCACUUAUUCCGUGACGAAGGUUUGUUUGCUGUCACGUCAUGUACUCUUUUCUUAG